GAUAGUCGGCAGCCGGCAAUGGGAGGCGACGCGCAGGAGGCCCAGAGGACGUAAUCGACGCGUGGUCGAGCCUCCAGCCCGCCCCCCGCGCGCCUUCCCUUCUUCUUUCCCGUGACGCCGCGGCAGCCCCGGCAACCAGCGUUUGCACACUCUCACGCGCGCUCCAGCCUGCUAAGUCCUCCCGCAGCGGAACCCGAAGAUGGCGGCUAUCAAACUCCUCUCCUGCGGGCUACGGCUCUGCGCCUCCACCCGCAGCUCCGGAGGCGCCUGGUCCAAGGGAAGUGUGUGCUACUUCUCUAUUAGUACUCGUCGCCAUACCAAAUUUUAUACAGAUCCAGUAGAAGCUGUAAAAGAUAUCCCUGAUGGGGCAACGGUUCUGGUUGGUGGUUUUGGGCUCUGUGGAAUUCCAGAGAAUCUUAUAGGAGCUUUAUUAAAGACUGGAGUUAAAGGAUUAACUGCAAUCAGCAAUAAUGCAGGGGUUGAUAACUUUGGCUUGGGUCUUUUACUUCGAUCCAAGCAAAUAAAACGCAUGGUCUCUUCCUACGUAGGAGAAAAUGCCGAAUUUGAACGGCAGUUCUUAUCUGGUGAAUUAGAAGUGGAGCUGACACCUCAGGGCACACUUGCAGAGAGGAUUCGUGCAGGUGGUGCUGGAGUUCCUGCGUUUUACACCAGCACAGGGUAUGGGACCCUGGUUCAAGAAGGGGGAGCACCCAUCAAAUACAACAAAGAUGGCAGCAUCGCUAUUGCCAGUAAGCCCAGGGAGGUGAGAGAGUUUAAUGGUCAGCACUUUAUUUUGGAAGAAGCAAUUACAGGGGAUUUUGCUUUGGUGAAAGCCUGGAAAGCAGAUCGAGCAGGAAAUGUGAUUUUCAGGAAAAGUGCGAGGAAUUUCAACCUGCCGAUGUGCAAAGCUGCAGACACCACAGUGGUGGAGGUUGAAGAAAUUGUGGAUGUUGGAUCAUUUGCUCCAGAAGACAUCCACAUUCCUAAGAUUUAUGUACAUCGCCUUAUAAAGGGAGAAAAAUACGAGAAAAGAAUUGAGCGUCUGUCAACCCGGAAGGAAGAAGAUGGAAAAGACAACUCUGAUAAACCUGGAAGUAAUGUAAGGGAACGUAUCAUCAAACGAGCAGCUCUUGAAUUUGAGGAUGGCAUGUACGCUAAUUUGGGCAUAGGAAUCCCUCUUCUGGCCAGCAACUUCAUCAGUCCAAAUAUGACUGUUCAUCUUCAAAGUGAAAAUGGAGUCCUGGGUUUGGGUCCAUAUCCAUUUCAACAUGAAGUUGAUGCAGAUCUAAUCAAUGCAGGCAAGGAAACAGUUACUGUUCUUCCGGGAGCCUCUUUUUUCUCCAGCGAUGAGUCAUUCGCAAUGAUUAGAGGGGGACAUGUGGAUCUAACAAUGUUAGGAGCAAUGCAGGUUUCCAAAUAUGGUGACCUGGCUAACUGGAUGAUACCUGGAAAGAUGGUGAAAGGAAUGGGAGGUGCUAUGGAUUUAGUGUCCAGUGCCAAAACCAAAGUGGUGGUCACAAUGGAGCAUUCUGCAAAGGGAAAUGUCCACAAAAUCAUGGAGAAAUGUACGUUGCCCCUGACUGGCAAAGAGUGUGUCAACCGCAUCAUUACAGAGAAGGCUGUGUUUGACGUGGACAGUAAGAAAGGGCUGACUCUGAUCGAGCUCUGGGAAGGCUUGACAGUGGACGACAUACAAAAGAGCACUGGGUGUGAUUUUGCUGUUUCACCAAAACUCAUGCCAAUGCAGCAAAUCACAACUUGAAAUAUGGAGUAGACGUUGGCCCCAGGCUGCUAGUUUUUCAAUUUAAGCACAGAGGAUUUAAUUGAAAGAAUGUCAGGAUCAUAAUUGUAUAUUUAACAAGCAGUUUUUGACUAGUUUUUGUCUGGUAUUUCAUGAUUUAUGCAGCCAUAUAGAUUUUGUUCUCUCAAGUGUACUAUGAUACUUUAAUGAAAAACAAAAGGAAAACAUUUAUGAUUAUCUUAUUUUCUAAGUGCUUAGAAGGUUGUCUUUACCAUUGGUGCUCACAUUGGAUGUAUCUUUUUCAUGUGUGCUAUGCUAAGUUAUAUGCAGUAUUUACUAAGAUGGGCCCUAGGAAGAGUUUCAUUGGUAUGCUUUCCCUUAUACCUCAAUUAUGGUUUAGUACUUGUGAAAGAAAAAUAAUAUGUAUGUGAUUAGGAAGAAUACUAUCUUCAUGAUUGUUUUCCCUUCAGGCUCCUCUGAUUUUUUGCCUACGGUCUGCCCAGACCAUCCUCCUUCCUCCCAUCCUUCUUGUAGCUAAAUAGAUACCCAAGAAAACAAGCAGGGAUGUCUUUGGCAGAAGAAGUAACUUGUUUGUGGGAAAGACCAAAAGGUGUAGGAUCUAUUGCUGUUGACAUACCAUCAAGAAGCUGCCGUAAUAGACAACUAACCAUCCAUCUGUGCUUUGCCAAAGGCUAAGCUAACUAUGGGAAGAGGGCUAGAAACCUAACUGAUCUGCUAGGACAGUUUUCUCUGUUUUAAACAGUGCACUAUUUCUUUCUAUCUAGUUGGAUCCUUAAGAUUACUUCCCUGUUACAGAGGCCCAGUGGACUACUUAUACAAUACCUCCUCCUAGGUCAAGAAGAAUUGUGGUAAUUUGUCAUGAGUCCUUAAUCACAGUGACAGCAGAGUUAAAAAAAAUAAAAUAAUAAAAGAUACAUUUUUUUUAGGCUCUGAUUUCUGCUCAGAAAAGUUUCUAAAUAUUGAAUGACUUUUCUACAGAGCAGUGGUUUUUCUGCCUAAGCUACUUCCUUUAAUAAAGUACUUUUAAUUCAGCCAUAAUCAAGCUGGGGAAAUAAUGAUGGACAAACCUGAGAUUUGAAGAGAUGGUGAAUUUUUAAUGUCAGGGGAUAGACAUGGCAGAUUAAUCUUGUAAAGGACGUUUCUUCAGAGGUUUCCUCAAUACCAGGGGGAUUGCUUCAGAAGUAUCCUGGGCAUCUGAUGGGAGAAAGUCUAGACACCCUGAAACCAGUCCAGACAGCAGGUCUCUGGACAGAGGAAGGCAGAAUACCAUGCAAUAUAUCAUUCCUCUGGAAGGAAUUUAUGCACGUUUUUAGGUGAUGACUGUUAUUGGAACUCACUCCUCUUCAGGUAUGCCUAGAAUUGUGUUAUGUACAAUAUUCAAGGAAGAAGAGAGAUUUUUUUGUGAGUAGCACACUUUGCACAAAAGACAGCCUUUCUGGCUGACUGCAUAGUACUUUUAAAAUAAAUCUUAGAAUGUACAAGUUCCACUGAGAGUAAUAUUUAUCUAUAUUAGAGUUAUGAUUUAGAAAAAAGUUAUGUUAUUGAUGGUUGUUAUAUGUUCAAACUUACUUGUUUAUCAUUCCAGUCUGUUACUUUAACAUGAUGUGAUUCUAAAAAAGUUCUAAACAUUGGCAAAACUUAAAUAGAUGUUUUAAUAUUCUUGAUCAGAGAGUGUACUAUAAUGUUAAGAACUGCAUUAAGAAAUACAAUAAAGAUUCCAAGUUGAUAGAGA